AUAGUACAUUCCCAUCUAAAAACAAUCAAAUCUCAUUCCUCCUCUUAAUCUACCCCCAUUUAUAUUUACUCACAUACAUACAAACCUAUACAUACACCUAUACUUACACACUCCCUACUCAUUACACUUCGUGACUUCCGCCUUUCACGUUUUCUGUCCCCCCAUUCUCCACUAUAUAUACUUACACAUAUACACACACAUUUUCAUCGCGCCCCUUAUGCAAUGGAUAGGCGUAAGUGAUGCCUUUGUUGGAAGUCUUUUUGAGGGUGUGAUGGGUUUAUCUAAGAUCUUUGCACAACAGUCCUGAAUUCAAUAGUUUACCUGUAAGUAGUGUCAAUGAUUACCUAUGAGCAAGAUCCUGAUGUUCUUCGGUGGGGACUCCAGCUUUUUGAUGGCCAUCCAGUACCUGAUUGUGGAUAUUGUGAUGCCAAUGCACAAUAUAAUGCAGAGGAUUAUUAUCAGCAGCAGUAUUAUAAUGAGGACCGCUAUGACAUGGGAUGCAUCAGCUUGGCAAAUAAUGAGUUAAAUGAACAUGAUAUACAACAACUCUCCCAGUUGUCAAUGGCAGAUGCACCUGGAACGUGUACCGAAGGAACUUGUACUGAAGAGCCGUUGCAGACUGCUUACUAUCCUCAGGAGUGGCCGUGUCAGUCAACGGGAAACUACAGUUUUGGUAAUAACUAUGGCAAUGAAGAGGCAGAUGAUGGCAGACAUUCCAGUUCAUGUUCUAGCCCUGGAAGGAGGUCAUACUGUGAGGAGGAGUGGGCUUAUUCUAUAGAGCCUACGGAUGAGUAUGUUCUAGAUGGUGAAGUAGGAAAAAGAUUGAAUCAAAUGGUUCCUAUUCCUCAUAUUCCGAAAAUCAAUGGAGAAAUACCCUCGAUGGAUGAGGUAACUUUAGAUCAUCAGAGAUUGCUGGACAGGUUGCAGUUAUAUGAAUUAGUGGAGAUGAAAGUUCUAGGUGAUGGCAACUGCCAGUUUCGAGCUCUAUCAGAUCAGAUAUAUCGUACACCAGAGCACCACAAAUUUGUGAGACAACAAGUUGCAAAGCAGCUUAAGUCUCAUCCGGAGAUAUAUGAGGCGUAUGUUCCAAUGGCUUAUGGUGAUUAUUUGAAGAAGAUGAUCAAGGGUGGUGAAUGGGGUGAUCAUGUCACUUUGCAGGCUGCUGCAGAUUCGUAUGGUCUUAAAAUAUUUGUCAUAACAUCAUUCAAGGACACCUGCUAUAUCGAGAUUCUUCCUAAAGUUCAAAGAUCCAACCGAGUUAUUUCUUUGAGCUUCUGGGCAGAGGUGCACUACAACUCAAUUUAUCCUGAAGGAGAUAUGCCUUCACUGGUAAGCACAAAGAAAAAGAAGAGGUGGAGUUCUCAAUGUGAGCAUUUGGAUUUAGAGGACGAUGACUGCUGAAGGAUGUCAUAUAUGCUGCUGUCUGCUUUCAGCUAUCAGCAGGAGAGGAUUUUACUUGCAUAUAAUUAUCUACAUGUCGGUUCCUUACUGGACUGUAGUCUCUCCUUCCCCUUUGAUGUCAUGCUUAGAACUUUGUGAAUUCUUUUUAUUGCAACUUUCAUUCGCUCGUCGUCAAAUAAAAAAAAUAAGUAUUCCAUAAUCUAGCAUCUCCGGAAGGGUACUGCACCUGAUUGCAUAAUUGGUAGGUUUUUUUUCUUCGUUCAAUAAAGUCUUAAAUUUAUCUAGAAUUCAGAUUUUGUAAAAUUGUUCAUUUCAGCUGAAACUUGUAUUCACAAACAGUUUCUGAUUCUCCUCA